ACAAACACCACCAAAUGUUUUCCCAUAGACUUCCAUACAAAUUCCAAUCACUGUCAAUUAUUUAUUAAGCCAAUUUUCAAAAAAUCAGUCACCAUUCAGCAAAGUUCAUCAUCUCCCCUUCAAAAUUCCACCAAAAAAUAUAUGGCUUGCCGUUGCGUUUUUCCUUCAAAUUUUGGCCUGUUUACAACUAGUGUAGAUCCGCACUGAAUGAAAUUGUCCAUCCAAAUAUCACCUCUCCACUCAGAUCUUCCCUUAUAACUUCUGUAUCUUUCUACAUAUUCUGUUAUGUCACCUGUCAUUUUUAUCACUUAUAUUUCACUAUUAAAUUCCAUCACAAAGAUUUUCUGUUAAUGACCAAUCAGAUCUCCUGUCAACUUUUCUUCUCCGCACAACUUUGGGUGUCCACAAUGGCGGCGCCCUGUAGCUAGGCAAUUCUGGUGUUUUUCCAAAUGAUGGCUACCGCUCUGGGCGGAAAUGUCAACAAAGAACUCGUGUUUAGCUGUCCUAUCUGUUUGGAGCCAGUCAGGACACCCAGAUGUUUACCGUGUCUACAUACGUUUUGCGAGUCCUGCAUCCAGACUUAUAUUUCUAGCACGGCCAUUCGUAAAGAAGAAGAGUAUCAGAGUAUUGAGUGCCCGGUAUGUCGCAAAGAAAGCCGCCCACCAGAAAAGUGUAUGUCGUCUGAUGAAUGGGUCACGAGUUUACCCAUCAACUACCUGGUGAAUUCUGUUUCAGUGAAGUCAAGUGAAUCAGAAAAACUUUGCGUUAUAUGCAAGAAGCAAAAUAAGAAAAACGCAGCGAUUCACUGGUGUAAGAAUUGUAUGGAGGAAAUUUGUGACGACUGUAAGACAUACCACAGUUAUUUAUCGAUCCUGCAGAAUCACAAAAUAGUCAAUCUUUCUGAGGCGAACGAUUGUCUGGAAAAUUUUGAUGUGGAUGAACCGUGCAGCAUACACAAAAAUAAAACCAUUGAAGUGUACUGCGGGGAUCACGAUAAAUUAUGCUGCAGCGUCUGCUUCGCAACCCAGCACAGGAGAUGUGAACGCGUCGAAGCAAUAGAGGAUGUUUGUAGCAGAUUCGAUCGGACUGAUAUGCAGCCCAGAUUAGAAAAGUUUUCUAAAUCCCUGGAGAUGCUUGAGAAUUUGCAAGAAAACAACAGGGAGCAAGUCGACAAACUGAAGGCUCGGAAAGAAGUGAUAUGUAGAGAUGUUGCAGAUAAAAUAGAGAAAGCAAAGAGAGCUCUGGAUGAAGGUUUUUCUCAGUGGCAAAAACAGUUUGAACAAAAACAUGGCGAUUGUCUUCAAACUAUUGAAAUUGCAUGCGACGAGAUGAGAUGGUUUUGCACCACGCUGAAAGAAGCAAGGUUUACAUUUUCACUUCUGCAGGAGAAGGGAUCACUUAAUCAAUUGUUUCUGAUGACACAUAGACUGGAAUCACAGAUUGCGGAACACUUUCACAGACUGAAAUUGAAGAUGGAAGUAGAAACAUUUUCUGACUACCAACACUCCAUGGGAAGUGAAUUCACUGACUUUGUCUCAAAUAACAGAAAGGUCCCAGAUGUUAAAUGCAUUCAGUCAAAAACAUCGUGUGGAACUGUGGCACAGCUGAGCAGCGUCGUGUCACCGCAUACUAGUAGUUCACCUUCACCCAAACCGUGGCUGGCGAACAUGGAUCUAAUGAAGUUUAUUCCCCAAAAGGUAUCUGAAUAUGACAUAUACAGCAAUCAUGGUCUGUAUAGAUACAAUGACACUAUUCUGUUGUCAGUGGAUCAAACUAUCCAAAUAUAUGACGUCAGAGGCAAUACUUGGAUACAUCUAUACACAGAGAAAUGUAAUCAUAAACCUCAUGCAAUAGCUCAAACCAAUGUCCAGCACGAUGUGUAUGUUGCCUUUGGUAAUUAUAUUGCUGUUUACAACAUCAACGAAGGAAAUCAAAUGUCUCUCUUGAGAAAAAUCCCGAUGAGUCCUGGGGUUACGAUCCAAAGCUUCACGUUAAUGGACGAUACUAUAAUCUGUGCAUAUAAUAGUGGAAUUACGAUACUAAAUCCGGAUUUUUCCGUGAAGGAAAAACGAAAUAUCAAGAUAGAUGGAGGUAUUGCUUACGUGGCUGCGUCGAACAAAACGAAGAAAAUCGCGUUUGUGAAGAAGACAGAUAAUGGGGAACAAAUAGUCACCUCUCAAAACCUGAGUGGAGACGUGCACUUUGAAUACAAAAUGAAACGCCAAGAUUUACGCGGAAUUGCAUUUGAUUCGCAGGAUAAUGUUUAUGUAUGUGACUAUCAUGAAAAGAAUGAACUUGUCCAAAUAAGUCCCGAUUGUAAAAAAUCGAGAACUAUUAGUUCAGAAAUAUCUAAACCUUACAGCAUAUCAUUCCAUCCUGAGGGCCACCGGUUCCUGGUUUUAUCAAGCAUUGAGGGGAAAUGUCGAAUAUAUGAAAUUCCACAGUCUCAGAACUAAUACGUCAUGUGUAGAUUUUUAAUUUGUUUUAUAAAUAAUAAAUAUUGUUUCA